CGGAAAACUUUGGUUAAAGCACCUGGUACUGCGUGCUCUGUGUAAUGGAUGAACGGUAUUAUGACUUGUCUUCGGAGCAAGCUGCAGUGAAAAAAAAGUACCCGGCAGUGAAUAAGAAACAUGAGUAUCUGGAUCACACAGCGGAUGUUCAGUUACAUGCAUGGGGGGAGACUUUGGAAGAAGCUUUUGAACAAUGUGCUAUGGCGAUGUUUGGGUACAUGACCGAUAUAGAGACGGUUGAACCCUUGGAUACAGUGGAGGUGGAAACAGAGGGAGAAGAUAUGAUCUCGCUCCUUUACCAUUUCCUGGAUGAUUGGCUGUAUAAAUUCAGCGCUGACCAGUUCUUUGUACCUCGUGAGGUGAAGGUGCUGUACAUAGAUCGCAUGAGGUUCAAGAUUCGCUCGAUUGGAUGGGGAGAAGAGUUUAGCUUAUCCAAACACCCUCAGGGAACAGAAGUAAAAGCUAUCACAUACUCAGCCAUGCAGAUCCAUGAAGAUGAGAAGCCAGAGGUUUUUGUAAUCAUUGACAUAUGAGGCCUCAACUUUGCAUGGUGAUACAAGCAUCAAAGCUUCGUAGGAGUGCAUAUCCACCCGUCUUCGCUUUAUAAUAAAGGGCAAACCCCAGUGUGCUUUAGUUGAGUGGCUAAUGUAUAUGUAAAUCAGUGAGGUUUCUUGGAAUUCACCACUCUUAAUCCAAGCCACUCUUCCAGAUAAUUUGGCAAUUUUAUAAGGCACAAUGAAUUCAGGAAGUUGAAACAAGUCUCCUGCAAGCUCCCUGGUCAACCAUGAUGUGAUACAUGAUUCAGUUUUUAGUUUUCUUAAAAUUAUUUUGACUGCAUUCAAGAACAGCAGUUAUAACAUUUUUAGUAGGCACUAAUUAAUUUAUUCUGUACUUGUGUUUAAAUGAGCUCUACGUAUGCUGCUAGCACUGAUAAAUAAACAGGAGAAUAUUUUUUUUAAUUAACAA